AUGACCAUCUGCUCUCCUGUUCCAGUCAGCAUCCAGGGAGUCUCAAACAGAGAGAUGAAAGAAGCACUCAACGACCUGGUGCGGUACUGGAGGCUUUACCUGUUGACGUUGGUAUUGGGAAUUGGGGGAUCAUUUCAAUUGGGGAUGCAAGUUUCCAUCAUGGCUUCUCCAGCUGAGCACAUCCAGAGCUUUGUGAACCAGACCUGGCUGAGGAGGUAUGAGGUUCCAGUAAGCGAUUCAACCAAAAUGCUCAUCUGGUCUUUCAUAGUGUCUGUGUUCAGCCUGGGAGGAUGGGUCGGGGCUAUACACAGUGGCAGCCUCUCUGUCACCUACGGCAGGAAGAAAACCCUGCUGUUCAACAACAUAGUGGCCCUCGUAGCCGCUGUACUGAUGGUCUUCAGUCGCAUGGCCAAUUCCUUUGAGAUGAUCCUGCUGGGCAGAUUUCUCUAUGGAUAUAAUGCUGGCCUGGGGUGGAAUGUGCACCUGAUGUAUCUGGGCGAGAGUUCACCCAAGAAGCUGAGAGGAUUCCUGACCAUCACCAUCAACAUCUUCAAUAACCUGGGGAAGGUCAUGGGUCAGAUUGUUGGAAUCAAGGAGCUGAUGGGUACCGAUGACAUGUGGCCCUGGCUCAUGGCCCUUGGUGGCCUCCCUGCCAUCCUCCAAUUUGUGACCUUGCUGUUCUUCCCUGAGGCUCCCCGCUACCUAUACAUCGGCAAGGGAGACACUGAGGGCUGCAAAAAAGCCCUGCACUGGCUGUGGCAGGAGGAGGACCUGCAGAUGGAGAUGGAUGAAAUGGGGAAGGAGAGAGCGAGCAUGCAGGGCCAGAAUGUUAAGACCAUUUGGGAUGUGCUGACUUCUCGCUGUGUCAGGUGGCAGCUGCUGGUUCUGGUCAUCCCUUGUGCCGGCGUUCAGUUCUGUGGGUUUAACGCGAUUUAUUUCUACGCUUUCGACAUCUUCCGUGAAGCUGGAGUAGCAGAGGACAAGAUGCAUUACCUUUCCAUUGGCAUCGGAACAACAGAUCUCAUCACCAUCACUCUCUGUUCUCUGUUGAUAGACCGUGCGGGCAGGAAGAUGCUGAUGGGCUAUGGCUACCUGUUGAUGGGAGUCAUCAUGUCCGUCCUGAUUGUUAUGCUGUCUAUCAAGGACCUGUACUCAUGGUUUCCCUAUGUUAACAUCGCCCUCAUCUUCUCUGUCAUCUGCGUUUAUGGACUAGGACCUUCUGGAAUAGCCAGCACCCUCCCUGCAGAUAUCUUCCUGCAGGCCUGGAGACCGUCCGCUUUCGUCAUUAGCGGCUCCAUCAACUGGUUAAGCCUGUUCUUGAUUGGGAUGUGUUUCCCCUUCAUAGUGGAUGGACUGGGCCAGUUCUGCUUCCUGAUCUUCGUAGCAUACUGCCUCUUCAGCGCAGCGUUCGUACUCUACUUCAUCCCAGAGACCAAAGGCAAGAGCACGGUGGAGAUCAUGGAGGAGUUUAACAAACUCAACUACAAGAACAGGGGAACAGACACCGAAAAGGCUGACUUUGUUAUGGCAACGAAAUUUUAAAGAAAUGUAUUGAGUGGCUUGAGCGAUAUUGGUACACUCUUAGUAAAAAGGGUUCCAAAAGGGUUCUUCGGCUAUCCCCAUAGGAGCAUCCUUUUUGGUCCCAGGUAGAACCCUUUUGGUUCCAGGUAGAACCCUCUGUGGAAAGGGUUCUACAUGGAAGCCAAAAAGGUUCUACCCAGGACCUAUAUAGGGCUGUGGUGGUCAUGAAAUUUUGUCAGCAGAUGAUUGUCAAGCAAAUAACUACCGGUCUCAGGGUAAUUGACCGUUAAUGAACAUAAAUACAUUUAGCAUCUCCUGGCUUCCACUCAUAGCCUACAAGCCUAAUGCAGACCUUUGGAACAUCUACAUUUAAAAAAAAGUCUAAUAAAUCCAUAUAAUAUUGCCUACACCAUCACAAUAAAUCCAUUAUUUAUUUUAGACAGGUCUAAAGAAACGUGAUAUGAAGAAAAUGUAGUCUAUUUCAGAAGACCAUAAUAGCAUACUCUGAGUUGUCCUUGUGUUAGGCCCUGAUCUGUGUAUGCCAUUAUUGCUGUGGGCUACACUAGUUCAUUUAGCAGACAAGAUUUGCUUAGAAUUCCGUGGCAUUAUUCUAUAUUAUUUCAUACUAUGAAGAAUACAGUUGAACAUAGCUGAAUAAAAUAGAAAUUAUAUUUUCUCCAAAGGAUUUGAGGGAGUGUGCACAUGUGGCUAUUCUGUGUUGAGUGGUUAACAAGGAAACAGCUACUCCUAUAUGCUUACUUUAGAGUUGUUUAUGUUGAACUAUUCUGUGCGAUAAAUAAAUAUUCCAAACAUAGUCUGAGACAGUUGUGGGAUACGAUAGAUCCCAAAUGAAUACAACCACUAUCAUGAAAAACCUGUUUUAAGCUAUGAGCCUGACGCAACAGAGGAGAACGUUUAGCUUAAAAUGUUGAUAAACGAUUAGGCUAUUUGUUCACAUAAGCGCAGCAAUGCGCGCACUAUACAACGGAUUUUGUAAAGCUGUGUCAAUUACAUAUUACCUUGUAAUGAACAUUUAAAAAAGUAUAUUCAUAUCAAAUCAAUUUUGGAAUGUUUUUGCUAUCCAGGUGUAACAGUAUAACUUUAAACUGUCCCCUCGCCCUGACACGGGCGCGAACCAGGGACCCUCUGCACACAUCGACAACAGUCACCCACGAAGCGUCGUUACCCAUUGCUCCACAAAAGCCACGGCGGCCACGGCCCUUGCAGAGCAAGGGGCAACACUACAUCUAGGUUUCAGAGCAAGUGACGUAACUGAUUGAAACGCUACUAGCGCGUACCCGCUAACUAGCUAGCCAUUUCACAUCCGUUACACUCACCCCCCUUUCAACCUCGUCCUUUUCCGCAGCAACCAGUGAUCCGGGUCACGGCACCAAUGUAACAGUACAACUUUAAACCGUCCCCUCGCCCCGAAACGGGCGCGAACCAGGGACCCUCUGCACACAUCGACAACAGUCACCCACGAAGCGUCGUUACCCAUCGCUCCACAAAAGCCACGGCGGCCACGGCCCUUGCAUAGCAAGGGGCAACACUACAUCUAGGUUUCAGAGCAAGUGACGUAACUGAUUGAAACGCUACUAGCGCGUACCCGCUAACUAGCUAGCCAUUUCACAUCCGUUACACAGGUCAAAGGGAAAGUUCAACUGCUGUUACGUGUGUCAUAGGGUUAUCAUACAGAUAUGGUGGAUGAUAUUGUAACAAGGCAAAAAAAUAAAAAAAAUAAAGCUAUCUAUAGCUACUGUAUGUUGAGUGAGUAUUCUACUGUAUUUGUAGAUCAUUUCAUAAAGCUAUAUUGGCAAAUGAUCCAACUGUCUGUUGUUUUGAAUGGUGUGUAUAAUUGAAUUGUUUAGAACAGGUUGUGAUAAUUAAUGAUGUAUCCUUCUGUUAGAUUGGAAAAUAAAUGAUCGAAGUUAAUA